AAUCACGGGUCGCCAACACUGAUUCAUGACAAACAGACAAACAUGUCAAUUUUAUUCACUGAAAGGGGUUUCGGGGUUUCGCCGCAAUCCGCAUCCUAAGCAUAAAAGUUUUUCGAAUAUCAAUUUUCAUCAUAUUAUUUAAUACAAUUUAGCAUUUGAACAUCUGUGAUUUGCAUCAUUUUACAAGAAAAAUAAUAAGAAAUGGAGGUCCAGUUGCUGUUAUUAAUGGUUUUUUCAGCCAUUCUUUCCAUACAAGCACUCAAACAGGGAGAGUGUGAAGUUUGUAUCAAAGUGCUAGAUAAGUUCCGGAACACACUUCCUGAAGACAUAUUGAAGGAUCACAAAAAGAUAGAGAGAGAGUUUAAAGACUUUUGCAAAGGUGUUAUAAACAAGGAGAAUAGAUUUUGUUAUUACCUUGGUGGGCUGGAAGAAUCAGCAACAGGCAUCUUAGGAGAAAUGUCCAAACCAAUGUCCUGGUCCCUUCCUUCAGAAAAAAUCUGUGAGAAACUCAAGAAAAAAGACUCACAAAUUUGUGAGCUCCGGUACGACGUCCAAAUUGACCUUAAAACAGUAGAUUUAAAGAAACUUAAAGUGAGGGAUCUGAAGAAAAUCCUUAAUGACUGGGGUGAGGAGUGUGCAGGGUGCAUUGAAAAAAGUGAGUUCCUUAAGAGAAUAGAAGAGCUGAAGCCUAAGCACACAGAGCUAUGAUGGGUUACUAGUAGAUUUUUUUUUAAAUUGUGAUCAGGAUUUCUUGUAUUGAAAUAAAGCCAGUCUAGUUUAUCUCAAAUCAUUGUAAGUUUCUUUCUUAUUUAGUAGCCUUAAACAACUUUUUUGAUAGAUUUUUUAUGAAACAUUUAACCUUGUUGUGAUGCAACAGAGUCAGCGUAUAUAUAAAACAAAAAGAAACUGCUAAGGACAAUCUUUUUACUUUAUAAUAUAACCUUUUAAAAUGUUUUAUGUUAAAACAAUAUGCUUGAUUUAUUUUUAUAUAGAGUACCAGGCAGUAUUUUUAGCAUUUUAGAUUUGAAUUUAAGACUUUGUUGCUUACAACGAGGUUGGUAAUGGUAUUAAUACUAAAUAAAUUUGGUUUUUUGGUAUUGUCAGGUCAAUUAAUUUUUGAAAAUGUUUAAUAUUAUUUGAAUAGGGAAAUAUUAAUAGGUGCUACUAAAUCACAGUGGAUAAAUAAACUGUUCAGGAUAGACUUGAAGAUUUUUUAUUCAGUAAAAAAAUAAAUUCCAUAAUUUUCUAAGAGCCAAGCAUAUAGUAAAUAUUUUUUUUAGCAAAUUAUUCUCAUAACUAACCUCAUGUUUCUAUUUUAAAAUAUUAACCAUUGGGAGUUUAAUGUUGUUUGAUUGAAACAUUUAGUUUUUUAAUAUACUUUGUUGGAUUUGUACUGGAGAGUCUACCUGAAGUUAUUUGUCUAGAAUGUGGAGAUAUAGUUAGCUUUUUUACCACCACUGGCAAGUGAUUAUGUCCUGUAUUUUUUUAGGUUAAUUAAUUUAUGAAAACCUAUUUAUAUUUUAAUAAACACUCUUGUUAUAUGAAUA